AUGGCGUACUUCACCACUGCAGAGCGAGUCCCCAUGGGGUAUGAUGCCUCGAUAGGUAUCGAUCGAGCACAUCAGCCCAAGGGUUCGGCAAGCUCGACUUUCGGAACAGAAGUAAAACAACACACCUCAAGACAGAAUGGGAAAGUCUCAGGGCAGUCGAUUGAGGACCGGGACCAAGGCUACCAGCGUCGCAGGGAGGACGGACAUAAAAUUGGGCAGAACGAUCCCAUGACCAAAUCAGAGCAGGAAACCAACAGCUGGCGACCCGGAACAAGCAACUGA